UAACGCCUUUUCCUUCAAACACAUCUAACCUUAGAUCCAGAAAUUGAUCGCUUUAAGAUAUGCUUUUUCCAAAAUCUUAAGUUUUUAUACAUUAUUUCCGACAAAUUCGUUGUGAAACAGUAUUACAUAGUCCCCCCAUGAAAUGAAUAAGCAGACCAAAGAAUGGUCGCGAGCUCGGCUAUGUAAGCCUAAGGAUAAUCUCACCACGGAGGCGGGAAAACGAGAACGCUUUGUGCCGUCCUGUGAACUAGAGUGCAGUCCGGUAUCGAUGUCGCACUUGAUUGGCUGGGAAUACGCUCGAAUUUGGCUGCGCGAUCGCGACAAAUUUGUGCAGCAACGCGAACGGGCUGUCAAAGCCAAAUAUAUCAAGAAUGACUUCGAGUGGUGGUUGAGGCUGCGAAAAACAUCCAAAAAGUUCUGCAAAGUUGGGGCAUAGAAGGGAAAAAAUAUCGUGAAUAACAAAAUGUUUCUUACUCCAUUUUUAAAAAAUUAUUCAAAUAAAAAUAUUGGCAUACCCAUUUGGAUUUGAUGCAAUCUUAAGUUUUAGCCAAGAGGAGCCAAUUUUGGAAGAGUGUAUCUUUUAAUUGUGUUUAAAUCCUGAAGUAGUUCCGGAAAUGCUCUAAAACUGUAUUUCCGGCCCUCACAUUCAAUAUACAUUUUAGCGUGGACACUUACCGCAUUGGUUUGGUAAUUUGCUAACGCUUUCCAGAAGCUCUUGUAAAAUAUUCAUAAUUACGUAAUGGAUGUACAGGACUUCCUUCAGAUCUGCACGACAUCGGGGGAGGGAACCUUAUUGGCUAUUUUUUAAAAGUUGCUGGAGUUUUUUAACAACAGAUACAUUUUGAAGCAGAUUCCUGGGAUUUGGUGGUUGAUUGGACUCAGAUUUUUUCGCGGAUCCCACAACUAUUGAUCAAAUGAG